AUGCCACCCGCCGGCAGCGCGGCCCCAGGAGGCCCGGGUGCCAACCCGGCGCCCCGGUUCAAGACGGACAUGAACUCGAUCGCCAUGCUGAUGGCCAAGCGCUCGCAGCCGUCGUUCCUAUCGCCGAAGCCAUCGUCACUAUCGUCGUCAUCAUCAUCGAAGCCCCCCUCCCAUGGCCAACAACAAGCAGCAGCGGCACCGCCCCAGACCAAGACGCCCGCGCAGCUGGUCGCGCAGGCCGAGGACCUCGAGGUCGACCGCCUGGCGCAGUACGACGACAACAUGGGGCUGGGCAUGUUCAAGCCCGAGAACCGGCGCGAGCGCGAGGACACCCGGCAGAAGGAGCGCGACGAGCGCCGGCUGCGCGGGCGCCUGGGCCUGCUCAAGGGCAAGGGCAAGGGCGCCAGCGGCGGCAAGCCGUCCGAGUGGGACGCCGUGAGCGGGGUGGCGGCGGCCCGCGCCCGCGCCGAGAGCGAGGACGAGGACGAGGGCCGCAGCGGCGUGGGCCGGGCCAAGAAGCGCAAGCGGGUCGCGGUCGAGCCUGAGCCCGAGCCCGAGUCGGCCGAGCGGGGCGGCGACGAGGGUGGUCGGCGGCAGGCACGUGGGGCCGUGGACAGCAGCGUGGAGGAAGCUGGAGACAAGGACGUCCAGAUGGUACAAGCAGAAAGUAAGGGUGUGGAAGUACCCGAGGACCCGCAGGUGCAAGAUGGGGAUCCGGAGUCUUCGAGGGCGGAGGAAGUCUUGACGGCGAAACGGAAGCGCAAGAACAAGACCAAGAAGAAGAAUAACAAGAAAAAGAAGGUCAAGAGCCAGGCGAAGGAACCGGAUAGCGAGUAG